UACUUGUUCGUGCUGGUCAUUGGUCUUGGCCGUGUUUGUCCUAACAUUUUUGUUUAUUACACGAACACGAACCAAAAGAAAAACCAAAAAAAAAAAAAAAAAAAAAGAGAACCCUAGAUUGUUCUAUCGCCUUCCUGUCCAGGUUUAUCUCUCUCUUUCUCCCCGCCCGCGAAAAACGAAUCCGAAUCUCGCAAACGAAAGAAGCAUCUUUCCGAAUCUCUCAAUCGAGCAAUUAAUCAGCUUCAAUGGCAGGGAGAAUCAUUGCGCAGCUCAUUGUGAUGGGUUCUGGGAUAUUGGGUCGUGCUUUCUUUCAAGCCUAUCGUCAGGCUCUUGCUAAUGCUUCUAAAACUGGCGUAGCGCAGGAAGCAAUGCAGAACGCAGUACGUAAAGCAGGAAAAUCCAUUACUGAGCAAGAGGCUAGGCAGAUUCUCGGUGUCACCGAGCAGACCUCUUGGGAAGAGAUAGUACAGAAAUACGAUAAGCUGUUUGAGAACAACGCCAAAGCUGGGAGCUUUUACCUUCAAUCGAAAGUUCAUCGAGCCAAAGAAUGUCUUGAAGAGGUGUACAGGAGCAAAGCCAACGGUACACCUAGUUAAAGACUUUUUUAUCUUUAAAUGUUUUUUUCUCUUUACAGAAUUACAUUUCUUGCUCAUUAUGUAAAAUCAAAGACAGUAUCACAGUUCUUUGAGAUGAUGUGUAAAACUUUGAAAGACGGCCAUAGCUUUCUUCACCCAUUGUUUACUAAUAACGAAGAGUGCUUUCUCU